AUGAGACGGCUUUCCAUGUCAGAGCAUCAGGCGACUGAAGCGACACGGGCGGGCAUCGUGCGAUACACGGCCCUGCCUAAGAUUGAGGUCCCGGAACGCUUCGCAGGCACGCCGAGCGUGGGUAGCAGCCUGAAGAAUUACAUGAUGCAAAUUCGCAACGCGCAGUAUCGCUGGAUGAAGGAUGGGCUGGAGCCGGAAGACUUCUUCCGAGGGCUUUCGAACACGGUGACAGGAGAAGCAGAGACAGCGUAUGGCAUGGAACUAGAGCGUAUGCUGAGCGAGCCGGCGCAAGCCUCAGGAGUGACCUGGGAUGUGGUGACGCUGUUCUUUGAGACGUUGAAGCGACACUUUCCGGUGCAGACUCCAGAACGCGUAAAGGAGUUCGCGUCAUUCAAGAGGAAGUCGGGGGAAUCACUGCUGGCAACGUAUGGACGGCUGCGCGAGCUCGCGGCAGACAUGGAAUGCCGAGAUGAGUGGAGACUGGUGGCCAAAUUCCUCAACAGCCUGGAUGAGCGGGUUGCCAACGAUGUGCGAGGAAGGGUAUUCGAGCUGGGACCCUCGGCGACGCUGGAGUACGCCUACGAGCUGGCGAAGAAGCAUGAGCUGGGGCUCCGCCUGUGGGACAUGGAGAGAGGCGGCAUGCAGGCCGAAGAGCGGCGCAGAUCAGCCUGGACGGCGGUGGCGACCGGGGAGUCCUCCAGCAGGCGAGGGGGGCGAGAUGUGGAGACGCGCAAGUGUCAUCGGUGCGGGCAGGAGGGACAUCUGCAGCGGGAUUGCAGCAGGUCACCGCGCUGCGAUCACUGUCAGGAAGAAGGGCACCUACGCCGCGAAUGCCCCGAGCUCCCAACGUGCGAGAACUGCGGAAGGCGUGGACAUCGGACCGCCGAGUGUUACAGCAGAAGGCCGGGUUCGGCAGGACCAAGAAGCAAGGAAGAUUUGGAGGCACAGCUGCGGGUACUACAGGCGAGGAUCCGGGAGUUGGAGGGUACGGCACGGAAGGAGCCCGCCAUGCUGGCAAGGGAAGAAGAGGAAGAGAGCGGCGAGGCAGAAUUCGUGCUCAUGGUGCAAGCUCCGCGGCAGAGAGACGAGAUUCGACUCCGGAGCGAUGGGGCAGAGAGGCGGCAGCUGCCAGCUCCGAGAGUGCGACGAUUGCGUGGGUACGCGGCGGAGCCAGAGCAAGAGUUGCCAUAA